AUGGAGAAAAAUGCAUCGUCCAUGCAAGCGAUAACUGACUGGCCCAGGCGACUGGGGUUGUUUGUUCACCACCACUUUUCGCAAAUAUCAUUUGAGACAAUUGACUUUGUCACAAAACCGGAUAUCUACGUACAUGCACUUUUGCUUCUUUCUUGCUCUGUCUGUCGUCCACAUUCGGGCCGCAUCAGUUUAGUUAGUGGGAACUGCACAGCGCAUCAUCAUCAUCAUAAUCGUCAUCAUCACCAUCACCGCCACCAACCAUGA